AUCCGUUGCGAGUUUAAAAACGCACUCCAAGGGUGCGUUCUUAAAUUCGCAACAGAUGAUCUGGCGAUUUUCUAGCGGUAUUUUAAAUUGAAGUUAGCGGAUUAUUUUUUCAGGAGUUGGCAACACUGGUCGUGUUGAAGAAUUUUACAACAGUUGCAAAGCUCAAAAGCUGCUUUUUGUGCUGAACGCAGCCACUGUGUACAGUAUGGUACGGUGUGUACCAAGAACGCCAAGAAUAGUUGACAUAUCUUAUUAGUUACAGACAGAAUUGGGUUUACCGCGAUUUAUUUAUCGAAACAAAGCGGGAAAAUGCAUAGAAGGAUAUGGUACACAGAUUCUAAUUAAAUAAUUUUUUUACAAAUGAAACGCAGCACCUGGUAAACAAUGCAGAUUGAAUUUGUAUGAUGUAAAGGAAACGGUAAGGGGAGCGGCACAAACAAAAAAACUGCAUUAGACAGGACACACAUGACAAAAAUAAUAAUGAACAAGGAAAUGCCGUUGAGUGUGGAAUGGAUGCCACAAAAUGCAUAUGUGCACAGUGCUCUGGAUCACUUGCUACCGGGAGAUAGAAGUCAGGACUACUUGAUCAUAAAACAGGAAGCAGAAUUCUUCCAAAACACUCUUAAUUUGCAAUCUGCGCAAAAUAAAGUUGUGCCUUUGCAAGUCUCAUCUAAAGAGAAGGACAAGGAAAUUGAGCAACAGAACAGCUGUUUGGAUACAACACCCAGUCAAACGAAUUCCUUAGAUUUCCUACCUAGAAGAUCGUUUGACGUUUCAGAGAAAUUAUACAAUAAAGGUCGCAUCGACAUAAUAGAGAUGAUGAUAGACUCGAUGUUCAAUUAUAAAUACCUUUUUGUUUACGAAGAUCUAUUUUCCAAGUUUGUUGUGCUAAAGGCUCUCCAUAGCAAUUCAGCCAAGGAAGUCGCGACAAAUCUGUUAGACGUAUUGGGGAUCAUAGGAGCGCCGCGAGUGCUACAGAGCGGCAAUGGGCGUAAGUUCACUGAACAAGUUGUGUACGAGCUACGCUCGUUGUGGAACAAUUUAUUCAUACUGCACGGGGAUGUGUCUAAGUGCGAAGUUAGUGGCUACAGGGAUUUUAAGAGCUCGCUUGAAUCCUGGGUGAGAGAGAAUCCGACUAGGGCCUGGUGUGAAGGGUUAAACUUUGUACAGAUUGCUCAUAAUUCGACAUAUUGCUGUUGGAACGGCAAAGUUCCGUAUGAUAUACUAUUCAGACGAAACGCACGUGAGAUUUUUCAAAGUGUAGAAAAAGACAGAGAGAUUUUAAAGACGGAAGAAGAAUGGCUUGAGCAUUUGUCGAGUAAGAAAGACGAAGAUGCAGCUGCAACGACGAAAGAUAUACAAAAUACAUCGAACAAUAUUAAUCAAUGUGAGGAAAGCGAAAAUGUACGAAAUACACAGAGUCAAGACGCACUUUCGUCGAAGGCCGAUGAUGUAAAUAUCUUUAGUUACGUCAAUGUGAGGCAUGAACUUCCGGUGAAUAACGGCAUCCGCGAAACAGAUUUAAUGGAAUUUACAGAUGAAACAGACGCUAAAAACGAACCAAAGAUCAACGAAAAUGCUCAAUCUCUCAAAUGCAAGUACUGCCAAAAGCAAUAUAUUAAGAUAGGAUUUUUGAAGAACCACGUGAGAACUCGACACAAUACAAAACAGGUUCCCCAUUGUAAGCUAUGCAAUAAAACAUUUAGCGUUCCGAGAUUAUACGCAAAGCACAUGAAGCAAUCGCACGGACAGGAUAAAUCAACCAAUAUGGAGAAAGAGAUACCAGUCAGUAGAAAUACAAGAAACAACGCCAACGUUCCAUCUAACAAAAAAAAGUCUGUGAUUCAAAUGACGCAUGAGACUUCGGAUCCCGAGACGACGAACGAGGAUUGCGAUUUAUCGCUGGACAUGACGAAAGAAUCUAACAAGAGCAACAAGAGACAAAUUGGUAGACGAAAGCUGUUGACAGAGAAUCGCAUAUCGAAGUUGCAAUCCUUACAGUGCGCGUAUUGCAAGCAAAAAUUCAGCUUCCCGAGUGUACUGGAAAGACACAUGCGUUCGCACACGAACGAACGACCGUACGUUUGCGAGGUGUGCAACAAGAGCUUCAAGCAGUUAGGCCACCUCAGUCAGCACUCGCUGACCCAUCGCAAUUAUCGUUCGUUCCAGUGUACGGUGUGCGGCAUGAAGUUCAACUCCCUAGACUCGUUGAAGCAACAUACUUCGAACUCGCACAAAGAUGAUGCGACGAUGACAUCGACGUCGUCCAAGAUCCGUGACGUCUACCGUUUGUUCGAGUGCGACAGCUGCAAGAAGGUAUUCACGACGAAGAGCGUACUGGAACGGCACAUAUUCACGCACACGCAGGAACGUCAGUACGACUGUAAGGUGUGCGGCAAGCGGUUCAAGCAGGCCGGUCACGUGAAGUCGCACAUGCUGGUGCACACGGGCGAGCGUCGCUUCCAAUGCACCGUGUGCUUGAAACGCUUCAGUCUGUCCAAUUCGUUGAAGAAGCACAUGUACGUGCACAAUGGCGAGAAGCCGUACCAGUGCGACGUAUGCGGCGCGCGUUUCCUUGAGAAGCGCAAUCUAAACGGUCACCUGUUGACACAUACUAAUGAGCGUCCGUACUGCUGUAAGAUUUGCGGCAAACGAUACACCCUAGCGGAUACUCUGCGCCGUCAUGUUAGUGCCGCGCACGAGGAUGGCCGUACGUAUCAGUGUGAAAUCUGCGCCAAAAUGUUCAAGCAACUAGCGCAUCUGUCGGUGCACAAGAAGGUGCACAACGACGAACGACCGUUUCAGUGUCACCUAUGCGAGAAGAACUUCAAGCACAAGAAUGUGCUCAAGUCGCAUCUUGCGAUCCACGCGAACGUACGACCGUUCGAGUGCGAUGUGUGCAAAGCGACGUUCGUCAGGAAGACGAAUCUGCAAACGCACAUCUCAUCCGCACACAUGAACGAGCGCCCCUAUACCUGCACCAUUUGCGGCAAGCGCUUCAAGCAGAUUAGCCAUCUCAACGGCCACGUGGUCGUACACAGCAAUCUGAUGCCCUAUAAGUGCGAUUACUGUGAUCGCCGAUGCAAUCGGCUCGACAAUCUGAAGAAACAUAUGCGCCUUCACACGAAGAAUAAGGAGUGUGAAAGUACUUUGGCGAAUUAAUAUCUUGUCCCGAAUGGAAUACUAGAGUUAACAGAAAAUUGCUAAUUGUAGUAAUCGACACGAAUGAGACAUUACUGCACCAGAUUCUUUUAAUUCUGUGGAAUGUAGUUACUCAUAUUUUCUUACAUUAUUCUGAGUGAAAAUUUAUCCACAUAAUUAAGAAUUUUUACAUUUUUUUUACAUCAAUGUCCAAUACUUUGCUGACUUUGGAUGCGUUCGGAGAGACGCUAUUAGUGUUAUCAGCAUCAGUCUUCCUUGUUCUACUUUUAAUGAGUAAUGAAGAUAGACUGAUGCUGGUAGAGCUAAUAACGUCUCCUCGAACGCAUCCUUUAUAGAUUUAUGUUAGAAUAGCUGAACUAUUUUAAUAUAAAAGGUCUUAUUAAAAUGUUAUUUUCAGUUAUUAAAAUUUUAAUAACAAAAAAUACAAAACUAAACGUGAAUUAGAUAACUUGAGUGAAAAUUUAUUCACAUUAAUCUGGGGUAACAUAAUUAGAUCUUCUGAAUGAAUGUUGUUUACAGACAAUAUACAAUAUGAUAUGAAACAUUGUCAGGUAUAUAUAUUGUUUUAAGUUAUGUUAAAUUGCUAGUUUGAUAUAAAUUUCUGACAAAAAGAUAUGCAAAAGAUAUACAAUAGAAAUCUCGGAAGAUACAAUUGAAGAUACAAAGAAUAUUAUUAUAGAUAAAUCAAAAUAUUGUACAUAGUAUUUUGUUAUUAUCAUUCGUCUUUGCUUCUAGUUUGAGUUCUUUACAAGAGAGUUUGAAUUCUUUAUGAGAUAUUAUGAGAGAUAUUUAUAACUUAUAUUUUAAUAUCAUUUCAAUUAUAUUUAUAUUUAUUAUUCCAAUUUUCUGUGCAUUAUAUAGCAUAAGUACUUUAAUUAUAAUGUUUUUUAGGCAUUUUUUAUAUGUAAUGUAUUACGCAAUAUGUAAGUGUAAAAAUUUUUUUGUAUUUACAUAAUAAUGAUUGUUUGAUUCAUAGCUAUAAGAUUUUAAAGCGAUAUAUAAACUUUUAAAUUUUAUACUUCCAUAAAAUAUUUCUGAUCAAAAUGUCGGUGUAUACAUAUUCUACAUGUGAUUGUUUACUUUAUGAGAUAGACUGUUUUUUAUAUAUUGUAUGUACUUAAAGCAAACAGAUACAUAUUUGAUAGAAUCAUUAAUUAUAUAAGUUUUUCUUAAAAAAUAAGUCUUGCAUUAUCAUUUUUUUAAGGGUAUUUAGUAUGCCCUCAACCUACUCAGUGUAUUUUGACUAUUUGGACACCCCUUGCAUUAUAAUCAUCCAUGAUUAGGUUAAGAAAACAUUUGUGUGUAAAAAAACUUUUAAAUUAAUAUUUUACCACAAUAUAUAUAUUAUAUAUAUAUAUAUGUGAAUAUUUAUCAUGCUCAAAUAAAUAAGUUAAAAAUA